CAGCACCACAUCUCUUUCUUAUCAUCCUGAAGCUCACUAUGCUCCGGUUGCUGUGUUCCCUCCUGCUUGUGGCCCUUGCCUCAGGCUGUGGCCAGCCUUCCUACAACCCCUCCAGCCGAGUUGUCAACGGUGAGGACGCCGUUCCCUACAGUUGGCCUUGGCAGGUCUCCCUUCAGUAUGAGAAGGAUGGGAGCUUCCACCAUACCUGUGGUGGCACCCUCAUUGCCCCUGACUGGGUUAUGACUGCAGGCCACUGCAUCUCGACUUCUCGCACCUACCAGGUGGUACUGGGUGAGUUUGAACGCGGUGUGGAGGAGGGCCCAGAGCAAGUGAUCCCCGUCAAUGCUGGAGACCUCUUUGUGCACCCCAAGUGGAACUCCAAUUGUGUGAGCUGUGGCAAUGACAUCGCUCUGGUCAAGCUCUCAAGAAGUGCCCAGCUGGGAGACACCGUCCAGCUCGCCUGCCUCCCUCCUGCUGGUGAAAUCCUACCCAAUGGAGCACCGUGUUACAUCAGCGGCUGGGGCCGUCUCUCCACCAAUGGGCCUCUGCCAGACAAGCUGCAGCAGGCCCUGCUGCCUGUGGUGGACUAUGCACACUGCUCCAAGUGGGACUGGUGGGGCUUCUCUGUGAAGAAGACCAUGGUGUGUGCUGGCGGCGAUAUCCAGUCUGGCUGCAACGGUGACUCUGGAGGACCCCUCAACUGUCCCGCUGAGAAUGGAACCUGGCAGGUCCAUGGUGUGACCAGCUUCGUGUCCUCCUUGGGCUGUAACACCCUGAAGAAGCCCACGGUGUUCACCCGUGUGUCAGCCUUCAAUGAAUGGAUCGAGGAGACCAUAGCCAACAACUAGAUCCAAGGCAGCAUGGACCCUACAUGCUCUAAAGAAUAAAGACCGUUCUGAAAGUCCAA